AUGCCUUCACCCUCCCACGACGUUGAAAACAAGGACAGCCUCUAUACGAGCAGCUCCAGCGAUCUCUCUUCAACUCAAGAAGGUGUCACGGCGGUUUACGAGGCAAAGAGUAGACUGAUCAACGAGCACUUGCAGAAUGAGGUUGGCUUUGGUCGCUACCAGAUCCAACUGUUCUUCCUCACCGGUCUUGGAUGGUUUGCUGACAACAUUUGGCUUCAAGGAGUCGCUAUCAUCCUUCCCCAAAUCCAGAAGGAGCUGAAACCCACCCGAGUAGAGUUCGCUACCUUUGCCCUAUACAUCGGGCUAAUUCUUGGUGCUUCAACAUGGGGAAUCCUUGCGGACUUGAUCGGACGCAGGCUAUCGUUCAACAUAACCCUCUUUAUCGCUGCUGUGUUCGGUAUCGCUGGAGGUGGUGCGAACAGCUUCGUUACGUUGUGCUCCCUUAUUGCGUGUUUGGGUUUUGGUGUCGGCGGAAAUUUACCAGUUGAUGGUCAACCCUUCCUCACCCGGCGCUUGCUUGGCUGA